UCCUGCUGCCGCUUUUACUUCCUCUCUUCUCUAAGCUCGUUAACGGCGGAAUUUUCGAUUUCCAUGGAGCAAACCAUUUCCCUUCCUCGCUUCAUACCGUCUUCUCCCAUAAAGUCGUCUCAUAACUCGAGAGAGAGAAGGACAGUUCCAACGUUCCAAGCCCUCCAAAUCCCAGAGAUCACCAUAGAAGCCCCACCUUCUUCUACUCUCCUCUCACUUCCCUCCCUCCCAUCCUUAUUACAUGAUCCCCUGUACUCUAAGUCUCUGGACUCAGUCAAGCAAAUCCACGCCCAGAUCCUUAGAACAACAGAGGAAUGGAAGUCGGAUUCGACCAUGGAUAGGUUGAUCCAAAUGUACUCAUGUUUCAAGGAUUUCCGAUCCGCCGCUGCAGUUUUCUCCGUGGCUUUGCAGUGUGGUGCACUACAAUGGAGUUAUUUGAUCAAUACUUUCGGCGGUGGAGGGAGAGAUCCAAGCGAGUUGCUUGAAAUUUUCCAAGAACUGCAUAGGAUUGGAGCGGUGUUUAGCACUGGAAUUCUUGCAGCUGCUUUAAGGAUUUGUGCUGAGGAGACGAAUGCAUGGUUGGGUUUCCAGAUCCAUGCCUUUCUCAUUAAAGUGGGCUCGGACAGUGAAAGCUAUCUCAAAUGUUCCAUGAUGGAUUUGUAUGCUGGUUGCUGGAGCGUAGAAUUUUCUGAGAAGUUGUUCGAAGAAGCUGCCAUGAAAGAUUCUAUUUUGUGGAACAAAUUGGUUGUGUUGCAUGUGGAUGGUGGAACGUGGUUGAAAUCGCUUGAAUUGUUCCACGACAUGCAAUUCUUAAGCGUGAGAACUGAUGAAGUCACGAUUGCUAAAGUUCUACACGCCUGCGGGAGAAUUGAAGCAUUAAAACAAGGGAAGGCAAUACAUGGGCAUGUCAUUAGAUCUGGACUUUUCCCGAACCUAUCGGUAAGUAAUUCUUUGAUCACCAUGUACUCCAAGAAUUCUCAAACGGAGCUGGCAAGAAGAGUUUUCAAAUCUAUCGGAAGCCGGAGUCUGGUCUCAUGGAAUUCCAUGAUCUCUUGUUGCUCUCUUAAUGGACUUCUAGAUGAUACAAAAGAGCUAUUCAGUAAGAUGAUUUCAUCUGGUAUAGAGCCUGAUUUGGUGACUUGGAAUAGUCUGAUCUCUGGUCACUCACAUCAUGGAUCCAUAAAUGAAGUCUUUGAACUCUUCAGAAGAAUGCAAGAGGAGGGUCUAAAGCCAAAUUCGAGUUCGAUCACCAGCAUUCUUCGGACAAUUAGUGACUCUGGUUUGCUUGAACAUGGGAAGCAAAUUCAUGGCUACGUAAUGAGAAAUUGGCUAGAGAGCAAUGUGUAUGUAGGAACUUCGCUGAUCGAUAUGUACAUGAAAUGUCUUGGUGUCACCGAUGCUCGAAGAGUCUUUGAUAUUAUGAAGCAUAAAAAUGUCCUUACAUGGAAUUCAUUGGUUUCAGGGUAUGCGCAAAAUGGGCUACUUGAUGAAGCUUUAGAACUUGUGAAGAAAAUGGAGGGGGAAGGGAGUCGACCAAAUUUGACCACAUGGAAUGGCCUGAUUGCGGGAUAUUCGAUGAAAGGGAUGAGCAGUCAAGCUAAGAUAUUGAUUCAUCAAUUGAAAGCAAAUGGCAUAAAACCAAAUGUGAUCUCAUGGACAGCUCUCAUCUCUGGAUGCUGUCAGAAUGGACAAUAUGAGGAUUCAAUGUAUUUCUUUGCAGAAAUGCAGGAUGAAGGAAUCGAGCCCAAUUUAGUUACCAUAGCUAGCCUGCUACGAGCUUCUGCAGCCCUUGCUUUGUUAAAGAAGGGUGCGGAGUUACACUGCUUCGCCGCGAGGAAGGGAUUCGAUGGAGAUGUGGUGGUUGCGACCGCACUUGUCGACAUGUAUUCCAAGUCUGGCAGUUUGCUUCAUGCUCAUCGAAGUUUUAAAAAGAUUCGAAACAAAAAUCUGGCCUCCUGGAAUGCCAUGAUUAAUGGCUUUGCAGCACAUGGUCGAGGAAGAGAAGCCAUUUCACUUUUCGAUGAGAUGUGCAUGUCAAGAUUUAAGCCAGAUGGUAUUACCUUCACUGCACUGCUCUCUGGCUGCAGACAUGCAGGCCUAAUCAGUGAAGGAUGGAAAUAUUUUGAUGACAUGAAGAACUGCUACAAUGUGACACCAACUUUGGAGCAUUAUACUUGCAUGGUUGAUCUCCUUGCUCGGGGUGGGUAUCUUGAUGAAGCAUGGGACUUUAUACAAGAUAUGCCAUUGGAACCAGAUGCUAGUGUAUGGGGUGCUCUCCUUGGAGGUUGCAGAACUCAUAGAAAUUUGGAGCUUGCUGAAAUAGCUGCUAAGAAUCUGUUCCAAUUGGAGCCAUACAAUUCUGCAAAUUAUUUGCUGAUGAUAAGUGUAUAUGCCUACGAAAACCGAUGGGAAGAUGCAGAGAAUGUAAGGGAUGCAAUGCAUGCAGUGGGGGUGAAGAGCAGGGCUGGUUGGAGCUGGAUACAGAUUAAUCAAACCGUACAUGCCUUCGAGGUUGAUGGGAGACCCCAUCCAGAUAUUGGGGAGAUAUACUUUGAAUUGUAUCAGUUGAUUUCUGAAAUGAGGGGGUUAGGAUAUGUUCCUGAUACCAGUUGCAUAGUUCAAAAUGUUGGGGAGGAAGAAAAGGAGAAAUUGCUUAGGAGUCACACUGAGAAGUUGGCAAUCACUUAUGGACUGAUCAACACUGAUAAGAGCACGCCAAUCAGGGUAAUUAAGAACACCAGGGUGUGCAAUGACUGCCAUAUGGUGGCAAAGUAUAUGUCAAGAAUAAGUGGUCAUGAGAUUUACCUUAGGGAUGGGGUUCGAUUUCAUCAUUUCAUAGAUGGGAAAUGCUCUUGCAAUGACUAUUGGUGAAGUGCAGAGGAAAACAAUACUAGAUCUGGCUCUGAAGCUUUGACUCAAUGAGCAGGGGUUACUUGUAGAUCACUUUCCUUACCUCUUGACUGCUAAGGGUAAAUCUUGUACAUGUUGGUUGAUUCACAAGAAAAAAAAAAUUAUCUAAACUAUGUAAUGAUUGUGGAGAACAGCAAAUAAAGCGGCAAAGGCACCAUGCUUUGA